AAGUGACAGAGACAAUUUCUGUCGUGAGUGAAUGUUUCCAAUUUUGUUUGUGAUUGAUCCAAGAGUUUGAUUAACAAUUUUUAUUUAAAAAAAUCCGUAUAAAGGAAAAUGGGAUCCCGAUCCAAUAAACGAAUCGAGCGGGCAUCGAGCACCAUUAAGGUUGAGCAAGUAUUUUUGGAACAGGAUGAGGAGGUGUUUGAAAGCGGAGCGAAUUUGAAAAUAAGCCGAUCAUCGAGAGCUUCCACUGAAGGAAAGAAAAAACCUGGAAGGGCGCCAAAACCAAGAUGCAACCGAUCUACACAAGUUUCCGAGGACCUGCUGGACGUUGAGCCUCGAAUCCCACGAAUUCCAGGUGAAAACGAGCCCAUUCUGGCUCAAGAAGACACCGAAGUGAUCGUUCCGCAGUGUCGUUUGUGUCUGCGGCGAGUUGCCCAGGAGAAUCUAACGCUAAUUUUAAAUAAACACAAGGCCAAAGUCAUGAUGGCCUUUCGGAUGAAAAUCUACGUGACCGAUGCGUAUCCGUUUGCCUGUCGGAACUGCUUGAACCUGCUGGACAUUUUUCUAGACUUUCGACAGACUGCCAUGAAGGCCAAGACUCUUCUGCUGACCAAGAGGGCCUUCCUGGAGGGCGACGGCUGGGACGAACCGAGCUUGAUGGAAACGAUGGCAAAUUGCAAGGCUGCUGUUGAGCAAAACAGGAAGCAGCUGGAUUCACUGUACGACAUGCAUUCGGAGGAAAUAAAAGGAAAGGAAGUUGUGUCGAAGAAUGAGGACGUUACUGUGGAGCCAACUUGUGCUGUUAGUAUAAAUACAACGGCAAUGGUCCAUGAAGAACCAGUUGAGGAAAUCUCAACUCAUCAGUUGAAAUCGGAAAUGUUUGAUGAGCGUAGCGGACUAGUAGAGACAACUAUAACGGAGGAAGAUGUGCAGCAAUUUGAGGGCAAUCUAGAACCGGAUAUAACCAAUAUAAAGUACGAGAAUGACGUCGACGAUUACGAGGACAAUGGCGAUGAUUCCGAUUAUGCUCCCAGUGUCGAAGAUGUGAAACCAUCAAAACGGAAAGCUUCAAAACGUCCUGUCCAAUCCACAAGUGACGAAAGCGAUGAAAAUAAUGACGAUAUCAUUGGAGAGGACGAGUUCGAUCCAGUUAAGGAGGAGAAACCAAAACGCAAGAAUAGAAAAGGACGCAAGAAAAAGAUUGAUUUUGAAGGACUAACCGAGGAAGAGAAACAAAAGAUCAUUUGGGACAUGAAACAUCAGCUGUGUGAUUUUUGCGGCGAAUCGGUAACUUCAGCCGCAGCGGAGGCUCACAUGAACCGUCAUCUUGGUGUUAAACCGUAUACGUGUCCGAUCGCCGACUGCGGCCAGACGUUCCACAGCAAAAACAAUCAGGUGUCGCACAUCAAGCGGCUGCACGGUGAGAAGGAAACGCCCACACUCGAAUGUAACAUUUGCGGACAAUUCAUCCGCGGCACGAUAAAGGUGCUCAACUAUCACAAGAAGCGGCACACUCAGGAGAAAAAGCACGUUUGUACGGUGUGCGGAAAGGGAUUUACGAUGAAAUGGUAUCUACGUCAACACUCGAUCGUACAUUCCGGCGAAUUUCCCCAUAAAUGCCAGUACUGUGGCAAACGAUUCAACAAUAAGUGGAGCAUGAAAACUCACGAAAAAAAUAUUCAUGAGAAAAAAAGUAAUCUUCCAGUUGAGCAGUUUCCUACAACCAGCUACAGUACAUCUUGGGAGCACAGCGUGCAGAGUGAUCUCUAAAAAUGUCGGUUUCGGUUAUCGAGUGUAUUGUCUCUUACCAGUAAAUAAAUACAUUAAAUUCAAAUAAAAGUUUACGUUUACUUUAGGUAAA